CUUCUCUCCAGCGCGAACGAAGGCGGACUUUGUUCACUGGCCGACGUUGCGACAGACCGCCUUCGACAUCCCCUCCUUGCGGCUCCGAAGAGGGACAACAACGUUCCGUUCUUCCGCACGCUUUUUCUAUGGAUUUGUAAACACCCACACUACUGUACAUAAGGACUGUACAUAAGGCAGGAAGGGAAGGAGCAGGUCCUCCUCCUCCUCCUCAUAUCGUUCAAGACUCCCAGCUCACACCAGCCGUGCGCACAAUGCUCCUCCUCUCAACCAUCUUCACCGCCGCCCUGGCCUCCGCUGGUCUCGUCUCGGCCUCGCCCCUCAGUGCUCGUGCUGACGCUUCCGCCCCUAUCAACACCCUCGUAUUCUUUGGUGACUCCUACUCUGACAAUGGCAACGACUUCCGCGUACUCGGGAUCCCUCGUCAACCCUACUUCCAAGGCCGUUUCUCCAACGGCCUGCCCUGGUCCGACCUACUCGCCCAGCAGCUCGUCAACAGCACCGUAGGCAGCAGCACCACCAAUCCCAACAGCACCACCUACUACAACUACGCAUACGGCGGCGCCGUCGCAUCCAAAAAGAACCUCCCAGCCUCCAUCCCCAACCGCGACGCCCCCUUCCCCCCCGACAUGUCCCAACAACUCGCCCUCUUCCUCGCCAACCACUCCUCCGCCAUCCCCGACCCCGCAACAACCCUCUACCCCAUCUUCAUCGGCGGCAACGACUACGUCUACACCCUCGCUGCAACCAUCCCCUCACCACAAACAAUCGCUUCCUCCGUCGUCGAAGCCAUCCGAAACCUCACUACCUCACCCUUAAAAGCAACCCGCUUCCUCGUCCUCAACCUCCCCGACCUCGGCGGCGGUCCCACAGCAGAUAAGCUGCGCCAAAGAGCAAACGACUCCACCCUCCCCGUCGCCCAGCUCGCGAAAACCAUCACUUCCGCGCACAACACCAUCCUCCUCACCGGUCUCCGCGCACUCGUCGCUGAAAACACCAAUCUCCAAAUCAACACCCUGGACCUGUUCGGCCUGUACGGCAACGUCACCGCCAACCCCGCCACGUACAACCUCACCAACGCGACCGCGCAAUGCAUCAACCUCACACCUCAAGCCCGCGCCGCAAACAUCACAAACAUCUCGCUCCUCAGGACCGCAGACGAUGUCACCGUGUGUGACAAACCGGAUGAAUACGUGUUUUGGGAUAACCUCCACCCGACCAGGGCCAUGCAUCGGAUCAUUGCCGCGGCGGCGAGGAGGGCUUUGACGGAGCCCGUUUUGACUGCGGCUGCUGCGCCGUCGGUUGGGGGUGGGAACGGGACGAAUGGAACGAGUGCGGGGAACGGGAAUGGGACCGAGGCGGGUGCCAAGAAUGGAGCAGGGGCGGUGGUGGGUGGUAGGGUUUUGGGCUUAGUGGGCGCUUUUGUGGUUGCGGUUAUGACUGCGGCGAUCUAGGUGGAUCCGAGAAUGGAGUUUUUGAGAAACCACUUGUGAUUUUAAAAUGUCUGUAUCUAAUCUAGAUAUCCUUAGCAUAGACGCUACGUACUAUAUCUAACCGUGUAAACAUUCAGCUUUGCUCACGAGCAAAACAGUAGUAUCCUUAAAUACGGGUAUUGUCUAGUGAUAUGAAUGCAAUGACGGAAGGAAAGUGUUACGUCUCAGCGACCUUCUCGUGUUUCUGGUUUGGGGUCGGCGCCGGCGGGUCAAUCACGACCCUCUCCUCCCCAAUCCUCCCUCCCCUAAUAGGCGCGGACACAUC